CAACUGCUCCAUGCCGAUGGCGGUGGGAAGGAUGUGAUGCUGUGCUGGAUGUAUUGUACGUCUGGUUAUCCCGAAGAAGAGUAUUCUAUGACAUUUAAGGAUUUUUUAGUGAGAAAGUGCCAAGAUGGCUGACUCUGAUGGAACAGGGUCUUGUGAUGGGAAUCAUCAUGCCAGUGAAGCUGAAAGCAUUAGUUUUAAAGAAAUUAAUGCCAUGGGACAAACAGAGGAAUUAGGAGGAGGGAUUUCUCCAUUAUACAAUCCAUGGACUCAGUUCACUGGUAUGCCUACACAUAACAUUUCCGAGUCAGCAGGAACAUUUUCAUGGGAUGUUUUCACACCUUCCAGUACCUCAAAUUCUCCUUAUGGUGCCUCUAUAGGAGAUCUGGAUAUUAGCAGUCACAGAAAUUUCCUGUCAAAUUGUCAAAAUUUACUUUCUGGUAUUGGUACUAACUCCCCUGCAGAAGUUCCGUUGCAAGAGAGCUUUAGUCCACCAGAAACAUUUAGCCCAAGUUUUCAAGAAAAUGCCAAGGAAGGAAAGGAAAUAUAUGCAGAUGCUGCAGCCAAUUGGAAAUCCUUGUAUGACCCUUUUGGAACACCAGAACCACUGUCCAAAGAUAACAGUAUUGGUAGUGGUAUAGAAAAUACCGAGAGACUACAAAAUCCUGGAGCGACUAACAGCAAACCUACUUAUUCUGACAUUGCUAAAACGCUUAAAUCAAAGCCCAUGCAAAGUCAGUCUAGUAAAGACACAGAAGAGCCUGACACAGUGAAGAAAAAAUUAAAUGAUCCAGUCAGCAAACCUUACAAGCCACAUGUUUUAAUCAGACGGCCACACUCACAACGCCAGCAUUCCAAAAGUUUGUCUGGUCACGGGGAUGACAUGGAGUCCAAGGUUUCUCCAGAUUCCAAGUAUGGCCUGGACCAGUUUGAAGACUUAAACUCAGGUGAUGGUGGAGUUGACAGACACAAGAGUGUUAGUAUGGAAAGUAUCCCACUACUGACAAGGAAAGGAAGCACCAGCAGCAUGAGCAGCGGUACUAGUGGUAUAGAGGACAUACCUUUGACAUCCAGUCGAGCUGGCUGCAGUAUUAAACACGAGGAAAGUAUCAGCAAGUCGAGGUCUCAGUCUGAUGCUUCAUCAGAGAGGGUGAAUAAUACUAAAAGUUCCUCUUCAAAAGCGUUCUUUGAUGCCCGGCGAAUUUUCCAAACAAAAGAGAAAAGAGUGCCAGAGACAUCUUCUGGAGCUUCAAAUACAAUGCUGAACAAUGGAAAGCCAGCUAGUGGUACCAAAUCCUCAUCUUCUGCUCACAAAAAGACAACAGAGUUUAUCAACAAUGACUUGAGAGACUCUACAAGAAAGAGGACAAAUCAGAAUGCACAAUCCAAAGACUCUGAAUGUAAAAAGCAUGAAAAUAAUGUGCAAAAUGGGAAGGCUGACAAAAAGUCUAAACACUCCAGUGCUCAUUAUACACCAGAUUCCACAGGUCCUGCCACCAGAAAUGGCAGAGGUGGCCGCAGACCCAUGUUUAUGGAGUCAACAUUUGACCAGGAGUACAUAGAUGAAUGGAUUAACUACGUUUAUGACAAGGUACGAUACCUUCUCUCCAUUCUUUGGUCAACCCUGGUCACUACACUGCUUCUACUCUUUGGACUUAUCAUCUACCUAGUCAAUGUGAUUGUUCAUGUGAUUGGUAUUGCUUGGUCAAAGAUUUCAUACCUUGUGAAAACCUAUAUUUUGAAAAGAUAUUUUAAAGAUGCCAGCUCCUGGCCACCAGGAAAUGGAAAAAGAAAAAUUGGACUGGAGAAAAGCAUAACUUUACCCUCUACAGGUGAUGAAGCCAUGCAGAGGCUUUUAGCUUGUAAGGGGAAAGAUCCAUAUAGUAUAUUAGGUCUACGCUCUGAUGCCUGUGAUGACGAUAUCAAAAAGUAUUAUAAAAAACAAGCUUUUCUUGUGCAUCCUGACAAGAAUAAGCAGCCUGGUGCCGAAGAGGCCUUUAAAAUUUUAGGACAUGCUUUUGAGUUGAUUGGUGAACCGGAGAAGCGCAAGAGUUAUGAUUUUGAAGCUACAGAGGUUGAAGUGGUUUUAAAAGACCUGUUGACAAAAUUACAGGAGGCAGCUAACAUGAUGCGUUGUGACAACUGUGGAGGGAAACAUAAGCGUACAUUAGUGGAUCGACCCUGGUACAGUGCUCGCUUCUGUAAGCGAUGUAAUAUACGCCACUCAGCUAAGGAGGGAGAUGUGUGGGCAGAGACUUCCUAUUUAGGGUUUCUAUGGCAUUAUUAUGCAUGCAUGGAAGGACAGAUUUAUGACAUUACUGAAUGGGUAGCCUGUAAGAAAGAUUUCUUUAAACAUAUGCAAGCUAGUGCCCAUCAUGUGUUCUAUAGGAUAGCAACAGAAGGUAGCCGAGGGAAUUCCAAUCAACAGAGGACAGGGGAAGCUGAUUUAGAAGAUUUCAUCAAUCAUUUAUUCCAUCAAGCCAUGCAUACAGACGGAAAUGGUAACCAAUGGCAACAACCCCAGCCCCCUCAGCCUCCUCCCUCACAGAAUGGUCCAAAUUGGAAUACUUCAGCCUCCACAGGGAAGAAGGGACGGAGAAGGAAGAAGAAGCAUUAGUAGCUUGUACCCUUAUAUAUAUAAUGUAAUGUCUAUCCGGUGCUAGUACCUGUCUGCUGACUAUCGGCUCUUCACAUCCUAAAAUCAUGUAGGGUUGUUUCUUUAGUUCCAUUCGGUGUCUAAGUUGUAUUUGGGUUGGAAUAAUGGUUUAAAGGCUACAGUCAAUUGCAAAUUUGUGUACAUUUUUUUUUUGACUUGCUUCAAACAGUUUGUGAUGUGAACAUUUUUGAGCUGGUAAUGCUGCAAUAUUAAAGGACUACAAUGAGAUGAAAUGUAAUUGCGAGUACAUGUUUUCAUACUUCCUUUAUUAACAUAUUGAAUUAUUGUGUCCACAAAAGUUUUCAGUCACAGAUGAUGUACUAGGUACACAUGCUUGCCAGAACAUUAUCAUUCAGUUAGUAUGGAUUUUCAUGUUCAGUGUUUUAAUAUUUGUAUCAUUGUGAUAUUUAUAUGGAAGAAUCAAAUUUGUUUUCUCUAAAAAAAAUUAUCAAAGAAAUGAAUUGUAAUUUUAUUGAUCCAAUUAGUGCUUUAUUCUGGCUGUUUGGGAUGGGUCUUAUUUCUGACCAAUAUUAUUAUCUGAUUCAAACGUCAGAUAUAUUAGCAUUGUAAUAUACAACAUAUUCCAUAUUUAUACUAAGAUUUCUCUAUUCAUACCAUGUUUGUAUAGAGAAAACAAAAUGUAAAAAAUAGGAAUUAAUUAAAUCGCUUGGUAGGAUAACAUACUUAUAUCCUCAUCAGUCAUAACAAUAAUGCUUAUAUAUUUGAGGAUAAUUGUGAAGAGCUGGUUUUGAUCAGAUGGUGCUGACACUUGUCCGCAAUGUUAAAAAUCAUUUGCACUUCAUAAUUACAAUCGCCAAUCCUUCAUGUUGUACUUGCCAGUGUGAUACUUGAUUAAUGAAAGGCCUUAAUACUAGAUUCAUGUUUUGCCUAAUUUUACCCAUAAAAAGCAAUCAUUGUAGAAUAUAUUGUGUAAUGUGUGUAUGUGCCAAACAAACUGCUUUAAUUGUGAAAUUAGGUUUAUGUACAAAUUUCUAAGACUAGGUUUUCUGUACAAACUAUAUAAAGCUGGGUGGGUUUACUGUACAUAAUUAUGAGGCUAAGUUUAUUUGACAAAUCUGAAGCUAGGCUUACUGUUCAAGUUGAUGUUUUGUUAACAAUGAGAAGCCACGUACAUUUUUUUCAGAAAACAUGCUAUUUGUAAUUCUGAGAUUAAAUCCUUGAGUAAGAUUUUUGAAGUAUGAAAAUGAAAAGAAAAAAAACAACAUACAAUGAAUCCCAGAGACAGAUACAGUAUAAGUGGUAACGUUGUCCAAAUGUUCCAUGAAUAUCAAAUUUAUAUUUAUGAAAAAAGUCCAAAUUUUUUAGAGGAAAUUUUACAUUGCAAGUUUUGUGUAGUGAAACAUAUAUCAAGAGUUUGAAGAAGAAAUGCAUAAGUGUUUACCGAUAGCUUUAGUAGCUUUUAAAUGGUAUGUAAACACCAUAUGUUUAACUUAAACAUCACAUAAUAACAUGUAUUUGUAUGCAGAUUAUAGUCCAAUUCCUCACUCUUUGUUAAAAACACCCAGGAAAUUCCAGAAUUCACAAUAUUGAGAAAAAUAGGAAUUGGCUCCAAGGAAAGAAAAAAGAAACAGAUUUUGGUAGGUUUAUUUUGUUUAAAGUUCUGUUAACACUCGGGGGGGUCAUUUAAGGACGUGCCAGGUUUCGGAGGUGGAGGAAAGCCGAAUUACCUGGAGAAAAACCACCAGCCUACGGUCAGUACCUGGCAACUGCCCCACGUGGGUUUCGAACUUGCGACCCACAGGUGGAGGGCUAGUGUUAAAGCGUCAAGACUCCUUAACCACUCUGCCACCAUGAUCCCACACAUGAACAGAAAUAUUCCACAUAUUGGCCUCAACUUAGCAGACUAGUGAACUGAGAAUUCACUGUCAUAUCCUCAUCAUGAUCUAUUAAUUACAAUUGUAAUAACAUUUAAAAAAGAAAAUAACAAAAACAAAGCGCAAUGACCAUAAUGUUGCUGACAGCAGGCAAUAUACAUGUAGUAUGAAAACUUGUAGUCAUUGUAUGUCCCAGGACGUGUUGUAUUAUAUGGAACGUAAUAUGUUCAAAUUACCUGUCUCAAUAGUAAAUAAAUUAACAUAGAUGACAAUUUAUUAAUCUUUAAUAUGUAAACUUAUUUCCUCCACCUAUUUCCUGGUGCAUUUUUGUUUGAUUAAGGAACUGAUUAAAUAGCCAAAAAAUAAACAGUUGCAGAGCUCAAUUAAAGCAGCUGCUUGACUACUGGAAUCAAUUUGUAAAAACAUUAAAUACUGGAAUCUAGCUAGGCAAGUAACUGACUUCUAGACUCUGGUGUUUACCAUAAAUACUGGAGUCCAGCUAGGCAAGUCACUGAUCUUCUGGACCUUGAUAGAUAAAUUCUGGAGUCCAGUCAUUGCUGACCUAAUAGUGGCAUCCAGCUUGGCAAUUCUUGACCCUAGUGCGUUAAGACAUCUACCUUAGCCCAGACCCACAAGCCACUCAACUGAAAUGUUGGGAGCCAAGUUAGGAGAGUUGCUCAUCUACUGGAAUGUAGCAAGUCAAUGGUCUACUAUAGAUUAGUUACUGGAGUAGCUCAAUUUGUGGAGCCAAGUUGGAUGAGUAAUAACUGCUGGAGGCCAGUAAGGCGAGUCCAGGGUAACUAGGCAAGUCUCAGAAAUACUGCAUGUAAGUUAGACAAUAUAAACUCCAGUAAAUUGGUCCAGUUAAAUGGACGCCUGUAUUAUACCGGUAUCUAUGUAUUUGUAUUGCAGUAGGAAAUGUAUACAUCUGUACUAUCUUUGUCAUUUUGAAGGUGUGGAGUGAAUGAUAUGUACAUACUGAAUACAUACCAAUUGUUGAGAUAACUCGUAAAGUCAAUGUUGGCAAAGAUUCAAAUAAAGCUACUUAUAUGUACUGUACCCUGAUAAGUCACAUUUCUCCUUUAGCAUUUCCUUUUUCAAGCACAUUACAUGCUUAUUGACAAUCAUAUCGCUUAACAAACUUUAUGGUGUAUUAUUUUCUACAUGAAAAUGUGCUAUAUUUAUGCAAUUUAUAAAGGGCCAUUCCAGUAAAAUAUCUACCAUUUGAGGACACAAAGUUUCAUAUUUAGGGGUCCAAAAUGUAGAUAUUAAAUAUUUGCACAUAAGUAAAAGGCAGACACCUGACUAUCUAUAGAAGUUUUUAAUUUUGGGUUCUGGGAUUGGAUAAGUCUAAAUACAUUUGAUCUUAAUUUCAUAAUGCCUUGUGUUUAAGAAUAUGUAUUAGGAAUGUGAUUAUCCUGGUAUUGUCCCAUACUAAUAUUAAAAGAACAUCUUGACAAGGUGUUGGACUUAUUGUCACAAAGAUAUUGGAAAAGAUAAUUGUCGUCAGUUUAUAAAAAUCUUCCAAUAUAAAACUUGUUAUAAAAACAAAUGGAAUUCAAAAUGUAAAAUUUUUACUUAUCAGUUACUGUACUGGAGUCCAUACCAAAAACAUGUGAAUCUUGGAAUGAAAAAUCUUGCUCAUGUUUACUGUGUAACCAAUAUGUGGAUACUAAUAAUACCAAUUUUAGCAGUAGAGUUAGUUGUACACAUUCCUUGUACUUGUAUUCAUGGUUCUAAUGUAGCCAAAUGUUUCAUGUUUUUCCUCCAUCAUUACUGAGCAAAACAAUCUCAAUACAUAUCAUGGUACUUGGUUUCAUAUAAUGGCAAGUGGGUUCAAUGUCUCUCCCUUCCAUGAUUACUUUCAACUCAUUAUCAUAUUGGUUAAGUUUAUAAGUGGUAAUAUUUUUGGUAUAAGGUUUUUGUUUCACUACAAUGAUCAGGAGUAGAUUGCUCUCAAACGUUACAUGUUUGUCUAAUACUGCAAAGAUCACAUGCACUUGUGUUUGACCCGAAUCCAUAACAUCAUGUUAUUUAACAUGUUAUUUAACAUUUGUCAUGUUUGCUUUUAUUGUGCUAGAGAAGCAAAUAGAGUAUUAAUAGCUGCAUACAUGUGUAUGCCUGUACAUUCAUAUCAGAAUAUGUUCCUGGUGUUGGAAGAGAAGACAAUACCUUGCCUUUGUUAAUUGGGAGAGAAUUGCUUGUGAUUGAGCUGUAGCAAUGACUGACUUGACGAUUGUGAAGCUGUAAUCUUCAUGCUGACCAUAAAGCAAAUUUCACAGUUAUUGUCCUUAAUCAUAUUAAGUUGAUUUCAUCUUUACCCAUAUUAUUUAUGUAAGUUAUAUAUUUGGAUGAGAAUCAUUUGGAACUAUAACCGACAUUUGUUGUAUAUCGUUUUAUGUUUGGUUCAGUUAGUGAUGUUAUGACUGUAUUAUUUUAAACAUCCAGUAUAAAGUUUAAUGCGGUUUGUUUGCCUUACUCAUGUAAAACUCAUGUUUAUUUCAGUCUAGAAGACAACAUUGGGAAUAGUUUUGGAAAUAUUACAUGUACGUAGACGUUGUGUACAUAGUACAUGUAAAUGUAUUGUAUCUGAUGAGUCAUUAAAAUGUAUGCAAAGUUG